AAAGAAGGGGUGGAGGAGUUGGAAACGGGGCGUUUUGGUGAGGAGUUGAUUGAAUAAAUUAAACACGCUAUUGGACCAAAAUUAAGACCGGCGAAUCAAACUCCGGACUCCGCGGUCCGCAGCCUGCAGUCUGCACGCAGCGGUAUAAUAGGAAGAGAAAUAAAGAGAGCGUGUUCUUGAUAUCUUUGAAGCAGAGGAAGGUAAGGAGAGGAGGAUGUUGGAAAACCCUGCACCAACCGCACCCGAUUCCGCCCCUGCAAUCAAGCGCUACGUUCCUGCUAAUCAACGAAAUCGUUCUCUUGGCCGCCGUAAAUCUGGAGAGAAGAGUCAAGCUGUCACAUCGAGAAAUUAUCCAGUCGGGGAUGCUGGGAGCAGUUCUUUCCUGAAUGAAGACCACCCUCGUCCUGGUUUAAUAGCUUUAGAAGGCUGUUCUGGAAGUGAAGCUUCUCGGCUUUUAAGCAAUCGUUGGGCAGCUGCCAUGCAUCGUUGCCAUGAUACAUCAAUUGACUUGUCUGAAAGACCAGUUCUGUACUCUGGAAGUAGUGAUUCAGCCUGGAGGAAUUUCAGACUUCCACAUCAGAUGAUGUCUUCAACAAACAGUAUCGGACCUUCACCUGGCUCACAGAUGGAUUUCUUGGGUGAACUUCGUCGUGCAAUUCGCAAUGCUAAUGCCAAUUCUGACAACUAGCGACUGACAAAGAGCAGACAUUGGUUGAUAUGGACUUAUGAAGUACUGUUUUUAUGGGCUUUGUGCUUGAAGUACCUGUUGUAUGUGUUCAUUAAUUACUCAAAAAAUGCUACUUGUUCGGGCCAUCAUGUCAUUUACUGUAAAGCAUGGUCCAGGCAUUUGCGUAUGGCCUGGUCCUUGGGCAUGUAAUUUAGAUGAAAACCUUAUGAGCUCUGUUAGUAAUACAAUGUUCUAUAGUUUUUACUUCGGAACCUUAGAGGGACUUCUUUUA